CGCAACUUGAUAGGGAAGGAGUCAGCUGCUUGAGUGCGCGCUCACAGCCGCGGUCGUGAGUGUGUUCGGCCCGUGACGAAAUCCUUUGCAGGCAUCUCGGCUAAGGGCCAGGCGAACGCAUCUCCCUCAAGGCUUCUUCGCGGAUUCGUAUGACGCGCGCCCCGCGCACUGACUUGCUGUUUAGGUCUGUUCUUUCUUUUUUUGUUUCCCCUCGCAGUGGAGGCGUCGAGAGGAGGAGGCACGUACUUCCAGCGAGGUUGUGAAUCGGUUUACACUACGCCCCCCGAGCCGGCCAUCCCGCUCCGGCUGAUAAGGCUGAUUGCGGAAACGGGGAUGCCCUCUAUCUGGACCCGGAGUCCGGCUCUUUAUCGGCAGCCUGCUCUUUGUUUAGCGAUGAUCAGCCGGAGCCGGGAACGAAGUUGCGCGCACUUUGCCGCGAGCACAUCGCUCCUUCAUCCAUGACAGUUGGGGACACCACGCCGCCGCCACCAUGGCUCUGAGAUUGAGCAGCCCUGCACUGGUUUUGGCGAGAGGCUUGUUGCGGGAGGCGUGGCGCGGCUGCGUAGAGCCGUCUCUGGUGCUUGGCUCGCGCCGCGAUGCGUCCUCGGCAUCGCUCAAGGAGCGUCUCACCCGCGACCUAGUCCUUCCGGUACCGAACGGUCAGCUGGCCGGCAAGCAGUGGGGGCCCGACGACGGACAGCCAGUCCUGGCGCUGCACGGCUGGCUAGACAACGCGGCCGUCUUCGAACCACUGGUGCCAUUGCUCAAGGCCGAGUUCAAACUGGUGGCUCUCGACCUACCGGGCCACGGCCUGUCGUCGCACCUUCCGGCCCGCGGUCACUAUACUCUGGACAGCUAUGUAGAAAGCGUGCUGUCGGCCGUCGACCACCUCAAGUGGGACACCUUCUCUGUCCUUGGUCAUGGAAUGGGCGCAGGCAUCGGAUACUACCUCGCCGCUUUGCAGCCGGACAGGGUUCCCCGACUCGCUUCCGUCGAGGGAUCCUUCCCGGCGACGAGCCCUAGCUUCGAGCCGCACGAGUGCGAAGACCGUCGCGACUCGUACACGAGGCAGGAGGUCAUGGACGUGCUGGCGUCGAGAGGACACGGUGCCGCUUCGGCGGAACUGCUCAUGGCCAGAGGUUGCAGGCGCGUGUCGGGAGGCAGCUACGUGUUCACGACCGAUCGCAGAGUGAGGUUCGCACGGCCACAGGGUCUCUACCCUGGCGUGUUCGACAGGACUCUUCCGCGCUACAGGAACAAUCUGAUGGUGCUGCAGCGGGACUGCAGGCUCACGGACGGCGCGAGGCCGCACCUGGAAGCCCUGGAGGCUAUCGUGCGCUGCCUGGGCGCUGAGGAGUGCGCGCGCUUCAGCUACGUCGUGCUGGAAAGCGAGCAGAACACGCAUGCCAAUUCUAAUCCAGACACGGUGGCUAGCAGGGUGAACGACUUCAUGUGUACAUGACGCGUGCCUCCGAAAGAACUUUGCACAAAGACAGUCUGGUGAAUGACGGCACUUUUAUUUUAUUUACUUUGAACAGGGAAGAGCUGCAAGCUAAAAACAAAUUGGGGGAUCCUCUAUAACGGUAUAAAAGCUACGGAGGAAGAGAAGCUAAGAUUGGCAUUAUCCAAGCUCAUAUGUAAUCAAUACAAAAACAUAAUAAUAGCAGUGGCGUGAACGAUCGGUACCCUAUAACAAGACUUAUGUCAAUUGACGAGCAAUAUGAAGGGGAACACACAUGUUCGUGUUU